AGCAACCUCAAACUCUUGAGCUUAAGCGAUUCUCUUGCAUCAGCCUCCUGAGUAGCUGGGACUAUAGGCGCCCGCAACAAUGCCCAGCUAUUUUUUGUUUGUUUGCUUGUUGGUUUGUUUAGCAGGCCCGGGCCGGGUUAGAACCCACCAGCCCUGGAGCAUGUGGCUGGUGCUCUAACCACUGAGCAACAGUUGCCCCAACCUCACAGUUUUCAUUCUCAUUUACCCCAUUUUCUUCUGUUUAUCUCUAGGAGGGCCAGCAGCCUUCACCACUACCCCCUACUUCUCUUCUUCUCAUCCAGGCUUUGGAUGAGAAGUGUCCAAACCCAAGGGUCACAGCUCAGUCCCUGCCUUCUUUGGUGGCAUCUGAUUGGCGAGUCCGCUGUUACUGGAAACAUUGUCCUCAUACAGCCCCAGACCCCACACUCUUCGGCUCCCUUUCCCCCUCUCUGGGACACCUUUCCCCUAGGGUCUAACCCUAGGCUGAGUCCUCCCCUUUCUUCCCCCCACCCCUUCCAGGUGGCCUUGUCCACCCCACAGGUUCCAAAUCUUUCUACACCUGAUGAUGGCCACAGAAUGGUCUCCAGCCUAGGAAUCCCCCAGACUUGGGUCCAGCUGCCCCUCAGGGUCCCUAUUUAGAUAUCGAUGAGGCCUCUUUACUCACAAGCAGAGCUCAAAUUUAAUAAAAAGAGCCACCCUUUCCUGCCUGCACAGUGCACAGGAGGCUUUUUACACAGCAUCAUGUCUCCUCCCAGGAGAGCCAAGGUCUUAACAGCCACAGGCACAACUGGAAUUGAGCCUGGGUCUCCCUUACCACCUGCCAGGCUGCCCUGACCUGGCUCCUUAGAACUUCUCUUACUCUCUAUGGGCUCCUUUGCCUCAGACUUCUUAGCUCAGCCGUUCUCAACCUGUGGGUCUUGACGCAGAGGAACUGUAUUAAAGGGCUGUGGCAUUAGAUAGGUUGAGAACUACUGUCCUAGCUCAUCAUUCUAGGUGCUCAGCCUAGAAAUGCUGGGGUGUGAUUAGUUUAAAAUCUAUUCCAAAUCUGCCUACCUGGAACACUGUAGACCCUCUGCCUUGGUCCCAGGCUCCCACUCUCACCUCCCACAGUCUGUCCUCCCUGAAUCAGCCACCAGAGGGCACCUGUGAAUGCCUGUCCCUCUAUCUACAGCCCUCCAUGGCUCCCACCUUCCUCAGAGUCAAGCCAAGUCCUCCCUGCGGCCCACCAGGCUCUGUACAACCUGCCCCAUCCCUUCUCCACUCUCCCUCCCUGUCUCCUCUCCUCAUUCUACUUCAAUCACAUAGGCCUUGCUGUGCCUCUAACACACGAGGCAUGGUCCUGCCCUAUCCUGCUUAGAAAGAAUGCUCUUCCUCCUGAUAAUCCUUCAGCUGGUUCCCUUCCUCCUCCAGGUCUCUGCUCAAAUGUUACCUCCUCAUUGAGGCCUUGGCCAUCCUCUUUUAAGCUGUGACUCACCUCUCUCACCGGAUCCCCCUACCCCAAUCUAUACACUCCUCUCUUCUAAUAUGUCAUUUACAAAGAUGUGUCUUUCUUAGCAUCAUCUCCAGCCUGAGCUGUCAGCUCCAUGAGGAGCUGGUUUGGGUCUUUCUUUUUUUUGUUGUGUCCCAGCACCCAAGAGAGGGCCCAGUUCUUCUAUACAUAUCAGGUAGAUGGAUGAAGAGAAGGAGCCUCCCGUGAGAAAGACCUGGGGCCAGGGCGCUCUGGGGAGAAGGAGCCGCAAGUGCAAACACCCUGAAGCGGGUAUGGCUGGCAGAGUGGUGGCUGCGCCGAAAGAGGGAGGGGGCCCAGUGGGUGGAAGUGAUUUGCGACGUGACUAAUGCAGGCAGAUGGUGGUUGAGGGGGAAGCCACUCAAUCCUCUUAACUCCGCGUCCCUUAAUACUUCCGCUGUGUGGGUUACCUCCGGGCCACCCCAACCCUCCAGGUGGCCAACAUGCCAGGGUUGGGGAACCAGGAGGAGGCUGAGGGCUGGAGCCCAACCCCUCCAAUGUAUGAGGAGUACCGGCCUCCCCCACUGGAUGCCAUCCGCCUGCCCAGGUACGUGCUGUACCUCCUGCUGGCCGUGCUUGUGGUGGUAGCUGUGGCCUACGCCAUCGUCGGGCACCUCAUCAAAGACCUGGCCCACGACCUGGCUGAUUGGGCAUUUGGCCCAAAGCCAGACCAGGAGGAUGCCCCCCGCGAGCUGCGCCCCAGCCUGGCUGGUGAAGACCUGGAGGAAUUGGACCUGCAGCUAGCCCUGGCCUGGCGUGGCGACGAGGACACUGGUGGGGGUAGUGAGGGGGCCCUCGUGGAAGCCCCCCCUGCUCGGGACCCCCGCCGCCCCUCCAUCACCUUCAGAGAGCCCCUGACCCGAAGCUCCUUCUGGAGGCUGAACUGAGCUGGUCCCUGGACCCAGGUUGCGGCCCCUUUGGUGGCUGUGUGAUGGAACUUGUGUGCACUGGAGCCUUUCUUAGCCCUGACUGGCCCCUUGUGAUGGAGAACAUUCUCUUUUCCUGGAUGGCAGGUUCUCAGUUUUGAUCACUGGCUAAUUCCUCAUACCUGACUGCAACCCCAGAGCCUGUUCUGCUCAGCCCCAGCUGAGCUGUCAGCAAUCUGUAAACUAAGAAAACUAUGACAAUUUAAAAAAAUUAUACCAGUGGGAUUGAAGCUUACCUAGUGCUAAGAAUGUACCUGCUGUUGUGCUGAGCAAGCCCUUUUCAGGUUUUAGGGGCUUAUUAAAUCUUGUUUAAUCCUCCAGGGGAGGACUUAUCACCCCAUUUAACAGAUGGGAAACUGAGGCAUACAGUGGUGCAAUGGCCUCCCCGAGGUCUCAGAACAGAGAGUGCAGUUGAUGACUGACUUAGGAAGACAGAAGCUCUGAGGCAGAGCCUGUCCCCAGCUGCCUGGCUGCCCCUACCCCUACAACCUCUAAAUCUUCCUUACCCAUCACCUUGGCUGCUGAUUCUGUUUGUUUCUGGGGGUCCUGACUUCCCAACCAGACUGAGAGCUCUUGGAGGGCAGCGUUGAGGCUUCCUUCCCUGCUGAGACUAAUAUAACAUCUGGCACACAGUAGGAGUUAAAUAUAUGUCUGCCUGGCAGGUGCCCUAUAAACACGUGCGUAGCAACUCACACACAUAGGCCUUCCUGCCACGGGCCUAGGCUAUGGUUGGGGUGGGGUCCCCCUUUGCCCAGGCAGGAGCCACUAUCUAAUCAACUUGGGGACCAAGGUUGAGGGCAGGAGAUCUUAGAGCCUGAGUCAUCAGCUUCUCAGGGUGUCCCCACCAGGGGCAUCCACGUUUGGAGGUGGACUGUACACACAGCCUUCUUGCCCCUGUGUGUAUCCUCAAGCUAGUUGUGGGCCUCCAGUGGCCAAGAGCCAGGUAGAGGCAGCAUAAGCUGGUGGUGAGGGAGACGUGGGUUUAAAUCCCAGCUCUGACACUUGUUGCUCGGCUCUCCCUGGCUCUUCAUAGUGAGUGGGUCUGGCAAAAUCUCAUGGAGGGGGGGAUUAAGAAAAGGAAUUUCAAUGUGUAAAAUCAUUGAGCACAGAGCCACAUGGGCACUCUGUGAGCACAGAAAGGGAUUCUUGUUAUUCUAUUGUAGUUGUAUUUGUGAGUUCAUCCACCUACAGGCACAAAGGGGCAGGGGGCUCAGAUGGGGAAGGGCAGGAAUGGGGAGGGGGUGACACAGGCUGAUUGUGGCCCUUAGGGCAGGGUGCCAGGGGAGGCCUGUACUCGCAGAGUUAAUUGUUAUACAGGGUCCAGAGUCCACCCUCCUAGUGUGUGGGGGGCAAUGGGGCAGGAGUGGCUGAGGAGGGGGUGGGUGCCCAACCAGCUGGUGCCUGUGGAGGGACCUCCUUUCAUACUCAAGCCCUCCCUGUCCAGACCCCGCCUGCUAUCUUAUCACGAUAGAAGCAGGCGGGGCCUUGCCUACAUAGGCCUGUAGAUGCCACUUGGGACUGCUGCUUGCUGACUGCCAGCUGGCUUCAUGGUCAUGGAGACCCUGGAGACCUUCCUUGUGCUGCUGCUGGGGGUCCUCUUCCUCCCUUCCACAGAGGCCCAGCAAGCCACAGAGCGUCGCCUGAAGCCAUGGCUUGUAGGCCUGGCAGCGGUGGUGGGCUUCCUGUUUAUUGUCUUUGUCCUAAUGUUGGCCAACCGCAUCUGGUGCUCCAAGGCAAGGGCUGAGGAUGAGGAAGACACUGCAUUCAGAAUGGAGACCAACCUAUACCAGGAUGGGCACCUGAGUAAAGAAGACAAGAGGGAGAAGAAAAAGAAGGAGAAAAAGACAGAGAGAGAAGGAGAGAGCAACUUGGGAAUGGAGCUGGAUGAAGAAGAGCAGUACAGAGACCACGAGACAGCAAAGAAGACGGUCAUGUGAAGACUCCCUGCAGCCUUCUCCAGGAAGUUUCCUCAGCACUGCCCCUUUGCCACCCCACAUGCAAAGCUCUGGACUUGAAGCCAAAGAAAUGACUCCAUCUAGGACUCAGAAUACAGUAGUCCUGAGUGAAGAGGGCGUGGGACCCACCCUGCCUCCUUCUUUGGGCAUUCCAUGGCUUUCAUGCACCCCCUCUUCCUGAGCUUGGUCCUGCUGGGAAAUUCUUCUUGCACUUGGAGAGCAUCCCUGGUUAAGGAGACACCCUCAAUUCCUCACAAUCUCAUGGUUCCACCUGCUACCCAGUGCCUGAUUUCUGUUCCCUCUAUCUGAUUGCUAGUGGCAAGACUUCUCUCCUUCCCACACAGUCCAGCCUGAAGGCCCCAAAUUAAAGAAGGCCCCUUUAGAAGGGGUCCUGUCAUCUCUUGGGCAUUAGUUUACUCCUGGGGGAGGGAGACUGCUUUGGGGGCCUAGUGCAUGGAGGACCAUGCUGCACAGAUGCACAGAUAGAUACCCUGGGCAAAUUAAAGACUCCCUCUGCAAUCUUGUUUUUGCUGACUUGAGCAAUGGACUUUGAGCCCUGAGCACCAUCUCCUGGGAAACCUUUGCUCCCUCCCUUCCAUAUUUUGGGGCUCGUGACUUGUUCUGGGAGCUGAGUUUUGGAGGGCAGGGUGCCCCAGGACCCUGCAGUAUCUUGGCAAGAGAGGAGUACUUUCUCUUUUCUGUUUUUCCUCUUCCCUUCACUUUCUCUGGACCCUGGACAUUGCCCUGGACAUUAACCAUUUCUUUUUUUUUUUUUUUUUUUCAUUAACCAUUUCUUAAUGAGGAUCUUGAUAAAGGCUGGGUUUAGGGCUCUGUUUGGGGCCCACCCCAGAGCCUGGGAGGUUCUCUCUAAGAACACCUCCAGGAUGGUCCACCAGGGGACAAAAACCAAAAUAACUAACUACAAUAAUAGAGGCUCCCACUGAAUGCUCGUAUCUUGAUCCUUUCUCAUUCUCCAAUAACAAAAAAAUUAGUCCCAUUUUCCAGCUGAAAAUACCAGCUGAGGUUUAGAAAGAGGGAAGUCAUCGGGCAGUGCCUGUGGCUCAAAGGAGUAGGGUGCCGGCCCCAUAUACCGGAGGCGAUGGGUUCAAACCCAGCCCCAGCCAUAAACUGCAAAAAAUAAAUAAAUAA